AUGAUGAGGUCCUUCUUCCUACUUCUCUUCUCCCUGUUGUUGGUGUCCCAUGGAUCUUCAGCAGUCAUCACAGGGGCCUGUGAGCGGGACUCUCAGUGUGGAGGAGGGAUGUGUUGUGCGGUGAGUUUGUGGAUCCGCAGCCUGCGUAUGUGCACGCCCAUGGGAGAGGAAGGAGACGAGUGUCAUCCUAUGAGCCACAAGGUUCCUUUCUUUGGGAAAAGACUCCACCAUACUUGCCCCUGCCUACCCAACCUGUCAUGUAUCACCAUAGAGGAGGGGAGAUCCAAAUGUCUCUCACCAUACAAAUAUCCAGACAACUACCUCUGA